UAGAAAUGUACUGUUAAAGUGACCAAUGUGCGUACGGAAAUAAAUCUCUUAACCUAAAUUAUUGAUAGAUAUAAUUUUCAUGAUCAAAAAACUAGUAAGCAAUUUUUCAUUCCGCGAAUGGAAUGUCAUUUACAUUGACGUGUGUAACGCAUGAAUGUACAGCAUUCAAAUCGUUGUGUAAAAAUAAUAUUUGUUAAAAUGGUAUUUUACAUAAAUAAAUAUAGUAUAACAGAUAAAUGCCCGUGAAGAAAAUUGUAUAGUUAUUGAACUCUUAAAGCUGACAGCCGCUGAUCGAAAAUUAAUUACUAAAACUAGAGUUUAAACAAAAUAAUCAAGGCAAUAAUUAUCUUUAUUGAAUGUAAUAAGGGAACAAGGAAUCGGGCAGCAUUUAAGUAUUGACAAAAUGGUGCAAUCAGUUUUUGGAGUAUGGGACUAUAUUAUAAUGGUUGCCACGAUGGUGUUAUCGGUACUUAUCGGGUUAUAUUUUCGAUUCAGCGGCGGAAAACAAAAAACAAAUGAGGAAUAUCUUCUAGCCGAUAGGAAUAUGUCAAUAUUUCCUGUGGCGGUCUCCCUGGUAGCAUCAUUCAUGUCAGCUAUCACCCUCAUGGGAGUAUCAGCGGAGAACUAUUACUAUGGCAUGAUUUUUUUUAUUGUGAACAUAGCCUAUGGCAUUGCCACUCCUAUCGCAGCCUAUCUCUACCUUCCAGUGUUCUUUGGUCUACAAAAAACAAGCACGUAUGAAUAUUUGGAAUUGCGUUUCGGGCCGAAAAUCCGGAUGUUGACAUCGCUUACCUACACACUGCAAAUGAUACUUUACAAUGGUAUUGUGCUGUAUGCUCCAGCGAUCGCUUUGGAAGCGGUGACGGGGUUGGACCGGCUUAUUUCCAUUUUAGUGGUUGGACUUGUCUGCACAUUCUAUUCGUCUUUAGGCGGAAUGAAAGCAGUUUUAUUUACGGAUCUAUUGCAAAUGUUUUUAAUGUUCGCUGCUGUUACCAUUAUACCAAUAUUUGCUGCGAUUCAAAUGGGGGGAAUCGGCAAGAUAUUUUCUAUUGCUAAGGAAGGAGGAAGGCUUGACUUCUCGAAUAUAAGCCCUGACCCAACAGAAAGACAUACAAUAUGGUCACUCGGUAUCGGAGGUUUUUUUACAUAUCUCUCACUGUAUGCAGUUAAUCACACUCAGGUGCAGCGCCUAAUGACUGUUAAUACCGUGGAAAAAUCUCAGAAAUGUCUAUUGUGGAGCUGGCCCGUCACAGUGCUAUUGAGUUUUGUUACUUGCUUAAGUGGGUUGGCGAUGUAUGCAGUCUACAAGGACUGCGAUCCGUUCGUAUCUAAGAAGAUAUCGGCAAUAGACCAGCUGAUGCCAUACUACGUAGUAGACGCGAUGCGUUCAGUGCCAGGUCUGGCAGGACUUUUCGUGGCGGGAAUCUUCAGCGCUUCUCUUUCCACCAUUUCCGCCUCUUGCAACGCGCUCGCUGCUGUCACUCUCACAGACUACGUUAACAGGUGGUGUAAAAUAAAGGAAGAUUACAUAAUAUGGCUGACGAAACUAGCGGCAUUUGCAUAUGGUUUAGUGUUCUUAGUGCUGGCAUUUUUGGCUCAAUAUUUGGGUGGAGUGCUGCAAGCAGCUCUUACGAUAUUUGGGGCUGUGGGUGGACCGUUAUUUGGAGUAUUUACUUUAGGAAUGUUCACUACGUAUGCUACUGAAAUGGGCACAUCGUUGGCUUUAAUAAGCGGACUCUCAUUGACCUUAUGGACUAGUUUUGGGGGACCUCGGCCGUCACCUGUCAUGCUACCCCUUAACGUUGACGGCUGUUCGAAUUUUACUGCACCCCUGGCGAUGACGUCAAACCCCACAGAUUAUUUCUACCUGUACAAAUUAUCUUAUAUGUGGAAUAGUCCGAUAGGAUUUGUAUGGGUCUUCAUAGUGGGUUCUAUAAUAUCGCUGAUCUGGCGUCAGCCUCAGCCAUGGAUGCGAGCGGGAAAACGCCACCCUGACCCUAAACUCUUCACUCCUCCACUCGCCAACUGGCUUAGGAGGAAAUAUCAAAUUAAAGAAGAGGUACAGAUUGGCACUGGUGUGGUAUUAUAAUCAAGGAAUUUCUGACCAAGGGAUUUAGACAAGUGUGAAUUAUUGAAUCGAGACGGUGACUUCAAUUAACAUAUCUUUUCUUCUAAUGUAUUAAUUAAGACAAAAAAAUAUACGAUUGAUCUAAAUAGAUAAAUAGAAAAGCAAUUCUAGAACCGUCGAAACAGGCAAAGUUGCAGUAUUUUAUGGAAAGUUUAAGUUAAACACUGCCUUUAAAUAUAUAAUAGAUAAGUGAAUACAGAAAAAUUUAUUUUUUAUUUAUAUUAUACAUACGAACGUUUGUAACGAUUUUUGUUUUUGCGUAAGCCCUUAAAUAUAAAAGAUUAAAUAUUUUAUCCGGUAUAUGGCGCUCAUGGCUAGGAAAAACUGAAUCAAAUUUAUCACACUGUACUAACUAACACUGAUUAGUCUUCUAUAACAAACCAAAUGGCGAGAAAUAUUUUUUACUUAAGGAAUAACGUGUACUUUAAAUAAGUACUUUAGGUAAAUCAGUGUAAUCAGAUUGAUUUAGUUUUUAUGUAUAAGUAGGUGAAUUUGUAGUGUACUUAAAAAAUUGAGGUGUGUGGAAAUUAGUGAAAUUUUAUUUUAGAUUUACGAGUUGUAUAAUUAAAUAUACAGACACAAAUGCGUGCCUUAAGCUUCAAUUUGUGCUUCCUUAAUGUGAGGAAAAUGUUGUGUAAAACAUAUCUCCAUGGACUUUACAUUACAAUGUCUAGAUAUCAGAGCUAGUGCUAAGCAUAUACUCAGUCACGUUGGCUACUUUAUGUAAGUUUACACAGUAACAAAAUGUAUAAUAACUUAUCCUGUUAUUCUCGUGAGGUCGACCCAAUGUCGUUAAUUUGUUAAAAGGAUUAGUUGUGAAUUAAUUUUUUUUAAUUUUUUUUGAUAUCAAUUUAAUUGAUAAAUCAAUCAAUUUGUUAUAGUACUGGCUUUCAUGUGUUUUUUUACACAUGACUUAAUCACCAUUCCAAUUUAUAUUCCUAGAACUCAUAUUUAAAAUACACUCGCCGACUUAUGGCACAAGGUCAAGUUUAUAGGUUCGUGACCCUUGAGCGGUUAUUGAACCGACGUUUGAUUUUUUAACUGUAUUACUAUAAACAAAAGUAUUUCCAUAAAAUAAUAUACUAAACUAUUAUUAUGUUUAGUAAAACAUGUAAUAUUGAGUCUUUGAAGAAUGUCAUAUUCAAGACAUUUAAAAUGUAUUUUUAUUAAUGUCUCAAAUGUAGGUCAAAUCGACAUAAAUAUUUAAAAUAUAUGUAUAUAAUACCCGUUACUUAAAUAUUUGGUGGUUUUUAGUUCCUAUGUUGAAAUGUUGUGUUCUGUAGGUACAAAGAAAAUACAGCUAUUAGAUUAUUGCUAUACAAAUUUUUAAAAUGUGUACUUAUCCAAAAAAUAUUAUUUGACACACGAAAUUAAAUACUAUUUUGUAUCUAUUUAUUGUAUAAACAUUAUAAUAAUCAAAGACAAUAAUUCUUACAAUAUUCUCCCAUUCUUGUAUAUAAUUUACUCCAAUAUUUAAUAGGUUUGUGUUCCAUGUAGCUAUUCAGUUAUCUUAAUGGAAAUGUGUAAUACUUAAUUUAUUAUUACAGCGUUAUUGCUGAUUUUUGUGAUAGUGUAAGCUGGUAAGUUGGCACUACUUAAAAGUUAUUAUAAAUGUACUAUUAAUUUGUGACAAUACAAUUUAUUUAUA